GAGCUCACUUGGUGUAACCGCAUACAUUGUGCAAGAGACAGUGAUACAUGCACUGAUACAUAAAGAACUGCAAGAGAUGAUGUGCGUUCUGUACAUAUUUCUUAAUCAUCCAGCUCUUAAAGCCAAAUCAGUUCUCUGCAAGUUUAAAGGAUAUAAUGGCAUCCAACUUACCAAUGGUUUAUGAGAAGGAGCGCUGAAAAGUGGUGGGGAAAGGGCAAGAAGUGUCAAAGUGGAAGGAGAAAAUAAACUAAAAGAAACCUUAGCAAGAAGCUGAUGAUUCCUUCCUGAUUCAGUCACUUCGCAUAUCUCUCAGUCAUUAAAUGACAGGGUAGGCCUCCACAUUUCCUCCAUAUCACUUUUCUUUCAAGGCACACAACAGCUGAGGUCUGCCACACUCCUCAAAGACCCAGCAAGCUAAUGGGUCCCACUAGAAGACGUAUGUCAAGUUGGACUCUCCUCACUUUAUUCCUGACCAUCAUCUUUACGUACAUUUUUAUGGUUAAUCAAAAAAAUCAAAAUGGCAUCAGUGGAUUGCUCAAGAAAAACAUCACCAUCCUAUUGUGGCACUGGCCAUAUGGCACCCGGUACAACCUAACAGGGGAUGUAUGUCUGAAGGACUAUGGCAUCUCUGGAUGUUCAUUAGAAGACAAUCGCACAUUCUACGAAAGCGCCAACCUGGUGGUAUUUCAUCACUUUGAGCUGAAGUUGCAAAGACAGCACCUGCCAUUGGCUCUCCCUCGCCCUGCCACUCAAAAAUGGGUGUGGCUCUCUUUGGAAGCACCACCAAACAACGGAGACCUGUCGGCAUUCAAAAACCUUUUCAACCUGACCAUGUCAUAUCAUCCUCAAGCUGACAUCACUGUGCCUUAUGGGAAGUUGUUACCCAAGGAGAAACCAGGUCUAGACUUUGUUAUACCAAAUAACAAGAGUUAUGAAGCUUGUUGGGUGGUCAGUAACUUCCAGAGACAUCACAAAAGGAGCACUGUGUUCCAGGAGCUAAAGAAGAACCUUAACGUGCAAUCGUAUGGCCUUUUCGCCAAAAAGCAACUACCGAAGGAGAUGCUGCUCCCCACAAUAUCAAGCUGUUAUUUCUACCUAGCCUUUGAAAACACAGAGUCUCCACACUAUAUCACAGAGAAGCUCUGGAGAAAUGCCUUCCAGGCUGGGACCGUACCUGUGGUGCUGGGGCCGCCACGCAGAGACUAUGAAGCUGUGGCACCUCCUAAAUCCUUCAUCCAUGUGGAUGACUUCAAGUCCAUUAAGGCUCUGGCCAAGUAUCUCAGAGACUUAACUAAAGAUCCAGAGAAGUAUAAUGCUUAUUUCACAUGGCGACAAAACUAUACAGUCAAGCUGUAUACAGACUGGAGAGAAAGACUGUGCAAUAUCUGCCCAAUAUAUAGACAAUUUCCAACUCAAAAGGUUUAUGAGGAUUUAAGAGCUUGGACCAAAUGGUAACAUAUAAAGAAUACUUUUGUUUAAAAAUACAUAAAAAACAUUAUAAUGUUGUUUCCUGUGUUUAAAGGUAAAAUAUGUAAUUUCUACACCAUAGAGAAUGACAAAAAUGAUGACUGUUUUCAAACACGUUUUCCCAAACUUGCCUUCUGUCUGCCAUUGGUCAAACAUAGCACCCACCCUAACCAGCACGCCAUUGGUUGAGGCAAUGUUGUUAUGUCGGGCUGGUUGAGAUGCUCAAACCGAAACAAUCUGUGUUUCUCAAUGCUAAGAAUGCAGAGAACAAACUUGCAUUCUAAUGAAGACCCCGUCUUGCCAAAAUACCUCGGAAGAACGAACUCAGAAAGACAGGAGGACGUACGAUGCAUCUAUUGCAAGCUUUGAGAUGUGCUGCGAUCUUCCUGUUGCACAAUUGUCCAUUGCAGCACAUCUGUAACCAGUGAGAGAAUUACUGCCAUUUGCACACACCAGUGAGGUUUUGCAGGACUAGUGACAUGUUAAAAGAAUAAAGUCUGUUAACACUUG